AGGUAAGUCAUGCAUGGUGACAUCCAAAACACCAAGAGCACAUUCUGUAAUCACAUGAUAUUUUAUGACUUACUUACUUGCUAUAAAGCAUUAAGAAAAACAUACAUUUCAGAAUGAUAAGAGAUUUGAUAGUCUUUAAACUGUAGAUAACUGCAGGGCAUGCGCAUUGAUAGCCACUGGAGGGCAGUAAUACUAAUGUAGCCAAAAACAAAUGUUCGGAUUCAACCAUGUGUCUUUUGACUGGUUGGUUCCUCAUGCCUCAAUUUAGUUUCCCCCGUAUAACAGGAAAAAAAACGAAUCAACAGUUGUCACUGGAAAUUAGACUGCACGUGUAGGCUUUUAGUAAAACAAAAAACACGUGGGGGAAAUAUUUUGCAUUGGAAAAAUGAUGUACAGGUAACUGUUCCACUUGGUCCUGGUGUCUGCUCACGGUUUCAGAGGGAUUCCCCACCGCAGUGCGUUGGCGCUAAGUUUCACAGAAAUGAGUGCCUGCCUGACUGCUGCGCAUCUCCUCUUCAACUUCUCAGAGACCGAGAGGCCCCUCCCUGUAACAAAUCAAGAUGUGAGAACAUUUAAGAACAGUAAACCGAGACCUUAAUAACAGAUUUCAGCGGGGAGAGUUCGCAUGAUCAACGAGAUGAACCUGGACGAGGACAGUGGCUUGACAGUCAGCUGUGGCAACGGCAAACUGAGACAGUGGCUGAUAGAUCAGAUUAACAGCAAACUCUAUGGUGGCCUGGUCUGGGAAAAUGAGGAAAAAAGUAUAUUUAGGAUUCCGUGGAAACAUGCAGGAAAACAAGACUAUAACAGAGAUGAGGAUGCUGCUCUCUUCAAGGCAUGGGCAUUGUUUAAGGGAAAAUAUAAGGAAGGAGUCGACAAGCCAGACCCCCCCACAUGGAAAACAAGACUACGCUGUGCUCUUAAUAAAAGCAAUGACUUUGAUGAGUUAGUGCAAAGAAGCCAACUGGACAUCACAGACCCCUAUAAAGUCUACAGAAUAAUACCAGAGGCAGCCAAAAGAGGUAUGAAGAUGAGUAUGGAGGAGACACCAUCACAUGCAAAUUCCCUUGGCUAUGUUCCUCCAUAUACGUCUCUGCAGAACCAGGUAUCUGGUUAUAUGGCUUCUCAGGAGAGAAGGGACUGGAGGGAUUACUCACCCCCAGAACAACAACCUCUUCCUCCUCCACAUCAUCACGGGCCACAUGCAGAGCUGCAGUAUGGUUCGAGCCACUACCCGUCAGCGUUUAGUCGGGCGUGGCCGGGGUCACACACAGAAAAUGGUUUCCAGCUCUCCUUCCACACCUACCUGUCAGACUCUCAACUGCCUGUGUAUUCAUUCGACCAAAGUAAUGCCAUAACAGAUUUCAGCCUGCAUGUGUCCUUAUACUACAGAGAGUCUAUGGUGAAGGAGGUUACCACCACCAGCCCAGAAGGAUGUCGGAUCACCUCUUCUUCCUCCUCCUCUCCGUCAUCUUCCUCCUCUUCAUCCCCAAGCUCAGAGGACAAGCUUCACAGCGGGGCGGAAACCAUCCUCUUUCCAUUCCCGUACCCCGAGUCUCAGAGGCAGGGGGCUGACAUGCUUCCUAUCGUACUGGAGAAGGGUGUGCUUUUGUGGAUGACGGCUGAUGGGUUAUAUGCUAAUCGCCUCUGCCAGGGACGAGUGUACUGGGAGGGACCCAUGGCUCCAUAUAUGGAUAAACCCAACAAGCUGGAGAAGGAGCAGCCAUGCAAACUGUUUGACACCCAGCAAUUUCUCAUUGAGCUCCAAGAUUUUGCUCAUAAUGGCCGACAUGUACCAAGAUAUCAGGUGGUGUUAUGUUUUGGAGACGAGUACCCCGACCCACAGCGCCAGAGGAAGAUGAUCACAGCACAGGUGGAGCCAGUGUUUGCCAAAAAACUGGUGCACUAUUACCAGCAGAACAAUGGCCACUACCUGCGGGCUUUUGAUCACAACCAGGAACAGAAUGCAUCUCUAACCGUCGACUAUCCUUCCCAGAGACCCCUACAGCAUAUUCAGGAGUAACAAUCAGACACACACACACACACACACACACACACACACACACACACACACACACACACACACACACACACACACACACACACACACACACACGGGCUUAACUGUGAAUGUAUAGUUUACCAUUUCUCUGUAGAUAGUAGAAGCUGGCAUUGUACUGAGGGGUAAAGAUGGGGAAGACCCUGUUGUUUUCACUUGCACACCUAGCUUCGUAGCCUCUGUGACUGUGUAGUACUGGCUUUUUUUCAUUCUACAAGUAUUAUUGUGACAGUGAGAAGGAUGCGGUUUGAGGGUGGGGGGGAUGAGGGGAGCGAAGGGCGACUGAGACAGGAAGUACUAGCACAGGUGCACAGGAAGAAUGGCCCCUAAGACAAACACUGAUAUGUCAAAGGGACACAGCAGAGCAUGAAUGAAUAUUUAUUGUAUCUUCACAGGUUUGACAAUGUGUUUGUUGCUCUCACACACUUAAGUCUUAAGUGGCACAAUCACAAACUCUGCCUUUUAAACUUAGUCGACACAGCUCUUUCUCUGAUUCAAAACUUUUAUCACAUACAGUGCUUGCUGUACGAUUUACUUGAGUGAGCAAGUGAAAAGUCAACAAUAUAAUUGCUUGGUCCUUGGUCUUGGUAAAGAAAAGAAGAAGUUUGAUUAAAAAAAAUGAUGUUAUCGCUGGUCUGGUGGUGUAGUAGAGGAAGCUACUAGUGAAGCUACAACUUCUGCUGAAUCUGAAUCUGGGCCACUUUUUAAAGAUAUCUGAUUUUGUUAAAUUAAAUCAAACUGAACAUCUACAACGGGUCACAACGGGUUUUUCUAUUUGCUGCAUAAAAUCAUGGCUAUUCAUUUUUCUCUAUUCAUUGAUUUUUUUUCUUGCUUUAUCUUGUGAAAUACUGCAAAAAAGGUGUCUGAAACAAUCUUCUUUGAAAACCACAUGUUGACUAAACCUCUUACACUUACGCAAACCUCUCAAAAGCUAAAAAAUAAAGGUUAAGUGACCACUGGCUUACCGAACACAACCAGAGAACCGCUUGGGCCUCAAGGUCCUUCUCCUCAGAGAGUGGGUGGCCUUGACCUGACUGGACUGAAGGUGAUUGACUGGAAACAUCACACUCAUCCUGUAACUUGCAAUAAACUGUACCUGUUCCUCUUGACCUGAAACUUAAGGCCUCACAAAUGGGAAGAAAAACUACCUUUGUGGUGUGUGUGCAAGUUCAGCCAGAGAAGAGCUCUCUGGUUCCCAUGCCUGCGGGUACUGUUGGACUUCUCACACUGGAGGUAACUGGUCCAAACAAAAGCUAUUUUCAGAUCCUAACAACCUAUGGAGGAUUGUGUAUUUAUCAUAGGACGUAAACAUCCAAUAGUGAGAAUAAUGCAAUUCCCUUUAGUGUUUUAAGUCCUGAAGGCUGAUGUUGCAGCAGUAUAGGAUAAUGUUUUGUAAUGUUUUUCUUCUGUGGGCCAGAGUUUCGAUCUCUACAUAUACUUCCUUCACACUUAAACCACAUCACUUUCACAAUGGCAAAAGUCUGACCAAAAUCACAGGCGGGAAUGUUUUUCCUUUUGUGAGUGUUUGCCUAAACCAUAAAUCACUUUCCCCCUCAAAAAGAGAUCUAUGAUCUCAAGGGACAAUCUGGAUAAAUAAAGGUUAAAAAAAUAAAAAUAAAAUAAAAACAUCACAGGCAGUUAGAUUCUGUCCUAGUUGACAUGUUGUUAACUAUUACUUAACCAAUUUAAAAUCAAAUCGUAAUAGUAACAUUGUUACCAGCUCCAUGUACAGUGUAAUGUUGUGAUAGUGUGUGUUCAGGUGUGUGUCGUAAAGGGCAAUGUGUGUGCAUGUGUGUAGGUGGGCUCAUGUGUGUGUCACACAGUUGCACUAUUACUGUUAUCAGGAAUUGACAUUUAUGGACUCAGGAUAAAAACAUGUGACUCCCCCACCUACAACAUCAGUGACUAACACGGUCAUGCACACCCAUUACACGUCACAUUUAACAGUUCAAGUAAAACAUUCAGGACAAGCUACACAGGAAAUCACACAAAAAGUGCAUAAUAAAGAAAUUGUUAGAGCUUUUUGUACAAAGUAUCUGAAAAAUCACAAUGAAAAAGGAGUAUAGGUAUAUUUUGAAAUAAAAUGAUGAAUUGUCUACUA